CGGUGAAAGUGGCGACUUCCGGCGAGCCGAAGCCAAGCACAAAGAUUUGGUGUCCAAAGUGUUAAGUAGGCCAUGCCCUAAAUCUGCAUUCCGACAUGUGCGCGGGUUUGCCGGCACAAUCGCGAGUGCAAGUGCGGAGCGCCUUAAGUCCAAAACCUGCCGAACGCACUUAUUGCCGCUUUGUCGGCGCUCAUAAAGUGCAGGUUGUCAUUUGCGAACCCAUGUGGAUCGGUGUUCAACGGGUUAAACACCUCGCCCCUAAAAGUUGUUUCCGUAAGUUCGCCCUCGCGGUAGCUGGUGCUGGUCACCUGGAGUGAUUCCUAAACACUAUUUGUAUUAUCAAGUGGACUGCGAUUGGCAUGUGAUGCCGUGAGUACGAAACAGCUUGCACCAGCCGCCAGCGUGGGUCCUGCAGGCGCCAGACACGUGCGAAUGGCCCGCGGGGCUCACCAGCAUCGCGGAAUGACAGACUACCGGGGAGUGAUGAACCAAACGUCGAUGAGGACGCAGUCCUUGGAGUAUGCUAUAGAACAGAGGAAUAAGAAUCCGUGUUAUAAGGAACAGAAAUUGAGUAUGAAGUGCCUAGAGGACAACGGCUACGACUAUGACAAAUGUCAGCACUACUUCGAUAACUUCAAAGCCUGCAAAGGCUUUUGGCUGGCCAUUUCCAAGGACAGACUAAAGAAAAACAUACAUCCUGCAAUGCCACCUCCCGAGGAACGUGAGACCAUCAAGCAGGAGUACCUAAAGCAACAAGCACAGAGACGGCGGAGCAGUGGACAGCCAAGCAGCUAGCUGUUCAUUUAUUGGCUAACUAGCGGUUGACCCAGCGGUGCACAGUCUCCUCCCAGUCUGUGUUGGCCGCCUCCUCCUCGUCUUCGGUGCGGACGUAGCUGUCGUCAUCGGUGGUUCCUGGCUGGAGGCAGCUGGGCGACAGCUCCUGCAGGCAUGGCAACUGUCUUGCAAUGGCCGGAUGGGGCCCAAGCUGUGUUGCAGCAGAGGCACCAAGCAGAACCACCUUGGCUCAGAGGGCGAAGGUCGUUAAUCGACAGACUGAGAGCUGCAAUGUUACCUACACACUACUAUAGUGCGCUGACGAUAUUGCUGUAUUUACAGAAACCGUAGAUUUUCUAAUGGGUUGAGCUAUUAAGAUUACAUAAAAUCAGCGAAAUGAUAAGCAAGCCUUAUGGUCUAGUCCUUCAAUAAAGAGUGAACAAGCCACACAACAUGUACUUAAGUGUCACAACAAGUUAUCUAGUCUCAAGUUCCAUAAGUAACGGGUGACAUUACAGCAUUAAGUUUAUAAAAAGAGUUGUUACCAUAUUUUGAUAAAAAGAUCUUUCAAAGCAA